AUGCCCACUAUGGAUGAAAUUACCAGUUCCGAGCCGGGAGACUUAUUCCAUGUCAUUUUUACGACUUCUCACAUCCAAAAAGACCCUCGCGGUGAGAUGGAAAAGGUCCGUAUUCCGGGCACGUAUACCUCUAUUGGAGCAGCUAAGGCUGCCGCACACAGCUGCCUCUUUGAUGCCGGCUACGAGCGAGAAUGGUUUUCCAAGUACGAGACCAACCCUGAAGUCUUUGAAAGCCUAGGGAUCCGUCAACGCGCUGGUCUCGCUGUCUUCGCGACCGCGCCAGAUGGGACGACAUUCCGUGUCCGUAUUCACACCACCCCAAAUGUCAACCAUUUGACAACUUCAUACGAGGAUGGCCGGAUUCCAGUUGAUCUCUAUUACGUCGUCCAGGCCAAUGUCGAGUAUGCUGAUGGUCAGGGUGGCGAACUCCGCGACAUCAAUAUUGAGGGCACCUUCAAAUCAUACGACGAGGCAAGGGACUUUGCUAGAGGUGUCCUACUCUCCGAAGAGGAUGGGAUCAGCAAGCAAAGCUUCGCCCAAUAUGACGAAGCCGGGCCGAACGAGAGAGACUGUGGAUAUGGCGAGAACGUCAUCGUCCAUGCAGAAAUGGAGAGCGUCAGAUUGGCGGAAGCAACAAUGAAGAUAUCGUGA